AUGGAGAAUCUAUUUGCUUAUUAUGUUGAUUGUUUUGCUCAUCAACUGCAACUUGCAUUUGUAGCUGUUGCUGAAAAUCAUAUAAGAAUUUCUACAUUUUUUGAUGUGGUUGCACAAUUGAACAAUAUUGUUGGAGCGUCAUGCAAGCGAAGAGAUAUACUUCGUGAGAAACAAUUUGAAAAAGUUAUUAAAGGAAUUUGCAAUGGUGAUAUCUUCACUGGACAAGGUAUGAAUCAAGAGAUGACAUUAAAAAGAGCUGGGAGCACACGUUGGGGUUCACAUUAUAAUACAUUGUUAAGUUUGAUACAUUUGUAUCCUUCAAUUAUUGAUGUUCUUUUAUUUGUUGAAGAGGAGGGAAAAGAUCACAAGCAAAGGGCACAAGCAAAUAAUCUGUUGGAAUUGAUUGGAAAAUAUGAAUUUAUAUUUCAGAUGCACUUAAUGAAGAAUAUCUUGGGAGUCACGAAUGAUUUGCCGCAAGCUUUACAAAGAAAAGAUCAAGACAUUGUAAAUGCCAUGAUUCUUGUAAGAUCAAGCAAACAUCAACUGCAAACUAUGAGAGAUGAUGGUUGGGAUUUGUUACUGAAUGAAGUUUCUUUAUUUUGUGUUAAGUAUGAGGUAGUCACCCCGCACAUGGAAGACUUGUUCGUCUUUCAUGGGAGAUCACGACGAAAUAUUGAAGGAAGGACAAAUCUUCACUAUUAUCGUGUUGAAACAUUUUAUGAAGUGAUACAUUUGCAACUUCAGGAGUUGAACAGUCGCUUUAACGAGGUGAACAUGGAGUUGUUGUUGUGUAUGAGUUGUCUUGAUCCAUCAAAUUCAUUCUCUGCUUAUGAUAAGAGAAAAUUACUUCAGUUUGCUCAGUUUUAUCCAUCCGAUUUUUCCCCAAUGGAGUUAAUGCAUCUUGAGCCCCAACUUGAUAACUUUAUUUUUGAUAUGCGGAGUAGCAAUCAAUUCUCUGAGGUUGUGGGGAUUAGCCAGCUUGCUAAAAGGAUGGUUCAAUUGAAAAAACAUCGUUUGUAUCCUUUGGUGUAUUUACUUUUGAAGUUAGCAUUGCUAUUACCUGUUGCAACUGCAACUGUAGAGAGAGUGUUUUCAGCAAUGAAAAUAAUCAAAACCUCACUUCGAAAUCGGUUGGGAGAUGAUAUGGUAAAUGAUUGUUUGAUACCAUAUAUUGAGCGAGAUGUGUUUGAUACCAUUGAUAAUGAAGCUAUUAUUCAGCAUUUUCAAAAUAUGAAAUCUCGAAGAGUGAUAUUGUAA